GCUAUCCGCUGUUCGCUCUGCGUAAGCGGUGAGCAGCAGAGUGCGGCAGCUUGGAGAAGAUAGCAACCGCGACCGAAAGACGACGCAUCAUGACUACUCCGAACAACACCUACGAUGUUAUCGUGAUAGGGGCAGGGAUAUCCGGCCUGAGUGCUGCCAAGCUGUUGAAAGAAAGCGGGCUCAAUCCAUUGGUUCUGGAGGCCAGAGAUCGCGUCGGUGGAAGGACCUUCACCGUUAGGAACAGGGAGGUCAAAUAUGUUGAUCUGGGCGGGGCCUACGUCGGCCCCACUCAGAACCGCAUUUUGCGAUUGGCUAAAGAAUAUGGCAUUGACACCUACAAGGUCAACGAGGUGGAGAAUCUACUGCACCACCAUCAAGGAAAGAGUCAUGGCUUCAAGGGUACUUUCCCCACCAUGUGGAACCCCCUGGCAUUAAUGGACAUGAACAACCUGUUCAAGAAGAUGGACGAGAUGGGGCUGGAGAUUCCCCGGGAGGCUCCUUGGAGGGCUCCCCAUGCCGAGGAGUGGGACAAGAUGAGCAUGGAGACGCUCUUCAAGAAGCUCUGCUGGACCAGAACCGCCCGCCGGUUCGCCACGCUCUUCGUCAACGCCAACGUGACGUCGGAGCCCCACGAGGUGUCCGCCCUCUGGUUCCUCUGGUACAUCAAGCAGUGCGGAGGCAUCAUGAGGAUCUUCUCCACCACCAACGGAGGACAGGAGAGGAAGUUUGUGGGGGGCUCCGGCCAGAUCAGCGAAGGCAUGGCCAGAGAGCUGGGCGACCAGGUGCUUCUGCAGUCACCUGUCAGCAGCAUCGACCAGAGCGGCGUCCUGGUGGCUGUGGAGACGCUGGACCAUCGGACCUACAUGGGUAAUUAUGUGAUCGUGGCCACACCCCCAGCCCUCAACCUGAAGAUGCACUUUAACCCCGCGCUGCCGCCGCUCAGGAACCAGCUGAUCAACCGCGUGCCCAUGGGCUCGGUCAUCAAGUGCAUGGUGUACUACAAGGAGAACUUCUGGAGGAAGAUGGGCUUCUGUGGCACCAUGAUCAUUGAGGACGAAGAAUCUCCCAUUGGCCUCACACUGGACGACACCAAACCGGAUGGGAGUGUCCCGGCUAUUAUGGGAUUCAUCCUCGCCCGCAAAUGCAGGAAGCUUUCAGUCCUGAGCAAAGAAGAGAGGUUGAAGAAGAUCUGCGAGCUCUACGCCAAAGUGCUGGGUACAGAGGAAGCUCUGCAUCCUAUCCACUAUGAGGAGAAGAACUGGUGUGAAGAACAGUACUCAGGGGGCUGCUACACUGCCUACUACCCACCUGGGAUCCUCACUCAGUUUGGCCGGGUGCUGAGAGAGCCGGUGGACAGGCUGUUCUUCGCAGGCACAGAGACGGCCACGGAGUGGAGCGGAUACAUGGAGGGCGCCGUCCAGAGUGGGGAGAGAGCUGCCAGGGAGAUCUUGCACGCCAUGGGUAAAAUCCCCCAGAAUCAAAUCUGGCAAGAGGAGCCUGAGUCUUUGGACGUCGUCCCCCGCCCAUUCGAAGAGACCUUCGUGGAGCGCCACAUGCCUUCAGUGGGCGGCUUCCUGAAGUUCCUGGGAUUCACCGCCUUCCUCUCUGUCGCCACGGCAGCGGUCCUGAUGGCCCAUAAGAAGGGGCUCUGCCCCCGACGCUAAGGCAGCUCGGGCUCCCGCUCCUUCACUUCCCUCCUCGUCCCACGCCCCCUGGAUGUGCCGGCGAGGGGUGCACCUCAACCGACGCCGUACCCCGUCCCGUACCUCUGCCGUGCUUCUUUGGUUGUGGGCCGCGCCGCGAAAAAUAAAGGAGUGAAGUAUGUAAAGGGUGUCAGGGCAUCGGUUGAGACUCACCCCUCAUGUCGCUCAGAGAGAGACUGUUCCACACGUAUCACCACACUGAUCUGUCGUCGCUCUAGUGGCUGUCUAUCCACGAUGGAGAGGAGAGAGAGAUAGAGAGGGAGAGGGAAGGGAGAGGAAGGACACAGAGAGAAAGAGAGAGAGAGAGAGAG